AGCCACCUCUCAGCUGCCAGGCGCAAGGGGCAUACUUGGAUUCCCAGGUUGGAAGAUUAUCUCAUUCAAGCACAGUUCUCCCAAAGAUAUAUAAGUGCAGUGAGCGUGGUGGUCCCUGCAGAGCUGGCCUGAGCCCUGGGAGGUUUCAGCCACACAGGAGCACAGCCUUCGAUCACAGCAAACAUGACGAUGAUGAUGAAAGUAGAAGAGCUGGUGACUGGGAAGAAGGUGGAAGAUAAAGAGACCGGCAGCUUCCUCCCUGAGGACUUCAAAAAUGGAGAGUAUGAAGCUGCUGUAAGAUUAGAGAAGCAGGAGGACCUAAAGACAGUCCCUGAGCACUCAUUGACCCGAGGUGAUGUGGCUUAUGAGAAUGAGAAAAGACUAGAAGCAGAGCUGAAGAAGAAGAAAUUACAGGCCAGGUCAAAACUUGAAAACUUGGAGGAUCUUGAAAAAAUUAUUGAGCUGAAGAAGAAGAAAAGAUGCAAGAAAGUGAAAGUGCCUGUUUUAAAGAAACCUGAACCAGAAGUUAUUACAGGACCUGUGGAUAUUCCCACAUUCUUCAAAGCUGCAUUGGAGAAUAAGUUGCCAGUAAUUGAAAAAUACCUGGCAGACAAAGGGGAUCCAAACGUCUGUGAUAAGUACAAACGCACUGCACUGCACAGGGCAUGCUCUGAAGGACAUCUAGAGGUGGUGAAAAAGUUGGUGGAAGCUGGAGCCCAGCUUGAACAGAAAGACAUGCUUCAUUCUACAGCUCUGCACUGGGCAUGCCGGGGUGGGAAUCUGGAUGUUCUGAAAUUCCUGCUGGACAAAGGGAUAAACAUAAAUGCAAGAGACAAGCUGCUGAGCACGCCGCUGCACGUGGCGGUGCGCACAGGUCGCUAUGACUGCGGGGAGCAGCUCAUCGCCUGCGAGGCGGACCUCAACGCCAGGGACAGGGAAGGAGACACGCCGAUGCACGACGCCGUGAGGCUGAACCGCUACAAAAUCAUCAGGCUGCUGAUUCUGCACGGGGCAGACCUGACUCUGAAGAACUGCGAAGGGAAAACCCCUAUGGAUCUUGUUCUUCAGUGGCAGAAUGGCACCAAAGAGAUAUUUAACAGCCUGAAAGACAAUUCCAAAAAGAGUGCCCGUCGAGGUAAAUUCUGAAGAGAGAAACCAGACCACGCUCUUUUUGCUGCUUUGAAACGCUUCCCACAAACCUGGAUGAAAAUGUCCUCGAACAUCUAUUGAAAAUAUUUAUGGCACUGGAUUAUUUGAGGUGCUUUCACUGAAAAACUGCAAGAAGCCU